UACCACUCUCGCUCUUGCCUUCCUCCUCCCUCUCGUCGGCGACGAUGAGCGUCCUUCUAGAGACGUCGCUGGGCGACAUUGUCAUCGACCUCGAGACGGAAAAGUGCCCGAGGACAUGCAACAACUUCCUCAAGCUCUGCGCGGCAUACCGGUACAAUCUAUGCGCCUUUUUCUCCGUCCAGAAGGGCUUCCUGGCUCAGACUGGCGAUCCAUCCAACAGUGGAAAGGGUGGCAGCAGCGCAUUCAAUCUGCUUCCCUCGUCGUCCCCAGACUACACGCCCGCACCCUUCUUUCGACCGGAACGGCACGCGUCGCUAAAGCACACGGCCCGCGGGACAGUGAGCAUGGCCCUCAGCCGCAGUCCUGACGCUCGCGGCAGCAGGCAGGACGACGAUGACGAGGAGAGCGAAGACCGCGUGGCUGGUAGCCAGUUCUUCAUCACGCUAGCCGACAACAUCGAGUAUCUCGACGGCAAACACGCGCCGUUUGGCAGUGUCGUCGAAGGCCAGGAGCCUGGGGGAACGCUGGACAAGAUCAACAGUGCAUUUGUUGACAAGGACAUGCGGCCGCUGCGAGACAUUCGAAUCAAGCAUGUCGUUGUACUUGACGACCCGUUUGAACCGCUCGAAGGCCUCGACAUACCCUCACGAACGCCCUCGCCGACGCCCGAGCAGCUGGCUUCUAUUGGGCUGGACGCCUCGGAGGAAAUCACUGACGGGGCUGACAGGCCGCCGGAGGAGGUCGAGGAGGAGAGGCGGAAAGCCGACUCAAGCGCCGCAGCCCUAACGCUCGAGAUGGUGGGAGAUUUGCCCUUUGCCGAGGUCCGCCCACCGGAGAACAUUCUCUUCGUCUGCAAGCUCAACCCCGUCACGCGGAGCGAGGACCUGGAGCUCAUCUUCAGCCGCUUUGGCACGAUCAUGAGCUGCGAGGUGAUCCGGGACAAGAAGACGGGCGACUCGCUGCAGUACGCAUUCAUCGAAUUUGACAAAAAGGAGCAGGCGGAGCAGGCCUACUUCAAGAUGCAAAACGUCCUCGUCGACGACCGGAGGAUCUGGGUCGACUUUAGCCAGAGCGUCAGCAAGCUCCAUGGCAGCUGGCUCAGCAGCCGUGGCGCGGCCCCGGGAGGCAAUUCUGGGCGGAGAGGCGGGUCUGGUGGUGGCAAGGGUAAUGGCGGCGGCGGCGGUGGUGGUGGAGCGAGGGCAGCCUCGGACCUCGUCUUUGACUUUGACGAUGUUAGACAAAGCGGCCGUGAUCGGAGGGACGGUAGGGACGCGGGCAGGGAUCGGCCAUCUCAUCACAGGCGGGACAGAGAGGAGGGAGGAAGAGAGAGGGACUGGAACCGGGGCAAGGAAAGAGACAGAGACAGAGAAUACCGCUAUGGAAACGGUGACCGUGAGAGGGAGCGUGGAGGGGAACGCACGAGAGACUACGACCGGAGAGGGGGCUACGAUCGACUUCGAGACGAUGGUCGUCGUCGAUAUGACCACGACGACGAUCGCCGCUCGAGGCGCGCAUACGACGAGCGCGAUUCGUAUAGGGACCGAUCCCCACCAAGUCGGUCGCGGCGAUGAGCAUGCAUACAUUCAUCAUCCUGUACACUACACGAGCUACUCUCCCAUACAAUCCAUGCAUUCUGUCUGGGGCAGGCUACUCCCACUCAAUUAGUGC